AUGGCUGUGAGCAUGGACGAUGACGUUCCCCUUAUCCUCACCCUGGAUGACAGUGGGAGCACUGCCUCAGCCCCUCUGGAUGACCUGGAUCGGGAGGAGCUGCCUAAUGAAAAUGGAGGCAGCUAUGACGUUGUCAAUGAUGCAUCCAGCCCCGCGGCAGGGGACUGCUGUGCUCAGAGCUCUGCCCGGCACAACUGGGAAAUGAACUACCAAGAGGCAGCCAUCUACCUCCAGGAAGGAGAAAAUAAUGAUAAGUUCUUCACUCACCCCAAAAAUGCCAAAGCACUCGCUGCCUACCUCUUUGCACACAACCACCUUUUCUACCUAAUGGAGCUGAGCACAGCACUGCUGCUCCUGUUGCUGUCUCUCUGCGAGGCACCAGCGGUUCCUAUGCUCCGCCUGGGCAUCUUUGUCCAUGCAACCCUGGAGCUCUUCGCGUUAAUCGUGGUCGUCUUUGAGCUCUCGAUGAAGAUGAGGUGGCUGGGCUUCCAUACCUUCAUCAGGCACAAAAGGACUAUGGUAAAGACUUGUGUGCUGUUUGUGCAGUUCAUAGAGGCCAUCGUGGUGUUGGUGCGCCAGACCUCGCACGUCCGGAUCACCAGGGCCCUGCGCUGCAUCUUCCUGGUGGACUGCCGCUACUGUGGGGCUGUCAGAAGAAAUCUGCGGCAGAUCUUCCAGUCCCUCCCACCAUUUAUUGACAUUCUUCUCCUCCUGCUUUUCUUCAUGGUGAUUUUUGCUAUCCUUGGUUUUUAUUUGUUUUCUCCUAACCACUCGGAUCCGUACUUCAACACCUUGGAGAACAGCCUUGUGAAUCUCUUCGUGCUUUUGACCACUUCAAAUUUCCCUGAUGUGAUGAUGCCAUCUUAUGCCCGGAACCCCUGGUCCUGUGUCUUCUUCAUUGUGUAUCUCUCCAUUGAACUGUACUUCAUCAUGAACUUGCUUCUUGCUGUUGUGUUUGACACCUUCAAUGACAUCGAGAAGAGGAAGUUUAAGUCGCUGCUGCUGCACAAGCGCACGGCCAUCCAGCACGCGUAUCGCCUGCUGGUCACCAAGCAGAGGCCGUCUGGAAUUUCCUUCAAGCACUUCGAAGGGCUGCUGCGGUUCUACAAGCCCCGGAUGUGUGCCAGGGAGAGAUAUCUCACCUUCAAAGCACUGAAUCAGAGCAAUACUCCUUUAGUCAGUCUAAAGGAAUUUUACAAUUUCUAUGAAGUUGUUGGCUUAAAAUGGAAGGCAAAACGAAACCGUGAGCACUGGUUUGAUGACCUUCCACGGACAGCAUUCCUUAUUUUUAAAGGCAUCAACAUCCUUGUGAAGUCCCGUGUGUUCCAGUACACUAUGUAUACUGUGGUGGCUGUGAAUGGAAUUUGGAUUCUUGUUGAAACCUUUAUGCUGCAAGGAGGGAAUUUCUUCUCCAGAAACGUCCCAUGGAGCUACAUAGUCUUCCUCACAAUCUAUGGUGUGGAGCUGCUCCUGAAGACCACUGGGCUGGGGCCUGUGGAGUACCUGUCCUCAGGAUGGAAUCUCUUUGACUUCUCAGUCACCCUGUUUGCAUUUUUGGGGCUCAUGGCACUGGCAUUUAACAUGGAGCCAUUCUACUUCAUUGUGGUCCUGCGACCCCUCCAGCUGCUGAGGCUAUUUAAAUUGAAGAAACGCUACAGAAACGUCCUGGACACAAUGUUUGAGUUGUUUCCCCGCAUGGCCAGCCUGGGUUUAACCCUGCUGAUCUUCUACUAUUGCUUUGCCAUUGUUGGCAUGGAGUUCUUUGCUGGCGUGGUCUACCCAAACUGCUGCAACACAAGCACCGUUGCAGAUUCCUACCGCUGGGUGAAUCACACAGUUGGCAACAAGACAGUUGUGGAGGAAGGUUACUACUAUCUCAACAACUUUGACAACAUUUUGAACAGCUUUGUCACAUUGUUUGAGCUGACAGUUGUCAAUGACUGGUACAUCAUCAUGGAAGGGGUGACAUCCCAAACUACUCACUGGAGCCGUCUUUACUUCAUGAUCUUCUAUAUUGUGACCAUGGUGGUGAUGACAAUCAUCGUGGCUUUUAUUUUGGAUGCUUUUGUCUUCCGCAUGAACUACACUCGGAAGAACCAAGAUUCAGAAGAAGAUAAUGGCAUUGUGCUAGAGAAGGAGAUCUCCAAGGAGGAAGUGGUUGGCAUAAUCGAGCUGUACAAGAGGAAUUCAGCUGCCGCAGAAACAGCUCAGCUGCAGAAGAUCGUUUUGCAGAUGGACAAAUAUGGGCAAAUGUCAACCGUGUUUCUGGGACGCAGAUCAAGGACCAAGAGUGAUUUGAGUAUGAAGAUGUAUGAGGAGGAGAUACAGGAAUGGUAUGAGGAGCACUCCAGAAAAGAGGAAUCGCAGACACCAUUGCAGGAGCCUGCAUCUGCUUCCACCAGCUCUCUGAAGCCCCUGAACCUCCGACAACGCUCCCAGACUGUCAUUUAG